CAUAAUGUCUGUUUCACAUUAUGUUGUCAAAUGGCAACAUCGUAAAGAUGUGUGUGAUUAUUAUUUGUAUGUAAUUUUUGAAAAUCGAACAUUCUCUGAUGAUUAUUUGGAAAACUAUUUUCCUUGAGAAUUAAAAACGAUCAUGAUAUCCGAGGACGGUUCGGGGUUGAAGACUAGGGCUAAUUACGCUUCACUUGGUAUUUGAUUUUUUGGUGUUUCCCCGAUAAACUAACCGAACUUGAACAUGGCUAUGAGAGAACUUAUCGAGUCCGAUUGUGGAUUGACCAAUCCACUCAUGAAGGUUGCCAGCCACUUUACCCAAGAUAAGGGUCAGCAGGCUGUCCAACCUUCACGGGGUUCUGCUUCUGAUCAAUUGGUGCAGGAAUUUCUUUUUGAUGCAAAUCAGGUUGAACGACGUGCUCCUGAAACCUUUAACAUGGAAAGUCUGUUGCACCAAAUGUCUGAAAUUGAUGCACUUUAUUAUCAGUCACCAGAAGUCCGCACUGAAAACCCUUCAGAAAAUAAUGCUGUCUGGCCACAGAAUUACACGGAAUCAUCCUAUGAUCUUGCUUAUGAGAAUAACAGAUUAAAUAGUUUAGAUUCUUUGGAUAAUUCUUGGGCAGAGGAAUAUCUGAUAACUUCCGAGCAAGACAUUCAAAAUCAACGUUCUACUGGCAAUGAGUGGGCUAAAAACUUCAAAGCCCAAAAUUGUAAGGAAGCUUCAGAUAUAGCCACUUCACUGACUGAAAAUGAAGAAAAUGUCACUGAUCCUAAGUUAUCGGAAUCUAAAUUCAUGAAAUUUAUUCAGAAAGAUAAUGAUGAGAAAGAAGAACAUCUGGAAGAAAUUCCAGUUGAGACUGUGAAGCCAGUUCCAGAUAUUUGGAGUGCAGACUUUGCUUCAGCAUGGGCACAGCCAGCAGAAGAGUAUGAUUAUGCUUGGAAUGCUGCACUUGAAAAUAGGGAAUUUAAGACUUUCAUCCAGACAGAAGAUGAGAAAGAGGAGGAGCAAAAAUGUGAUGCAGAUUUUUGGGACAAUCUGCAAAAGGAAUGGGAAAAGAUGGCCAAAGAUCAAACUAAUGACCAUCCAUGGUUGAAUGAUUAUGAAAAUUGUGACCCAUAUAAGGAAUAUUCAUAUGCUAAAGAAAAUCCUUUUAUUGAUCACAGUAAUCCUUUCGAAGAAGGUCUAAAAAUGUUAAAAAAUGGCGAUUUACCUAGUGCUGUACUGCUUUUUGAAGCUGCUGUACAAAAAAAUCCUGAUCAUGUUGAGGCCUGGCAAUAUUUAGGCACAAGUCAGGCACAAAAUGAACAGGAUCGAGCAGCAAUUGCUGCUACAAAAAAAUGUUUGGAACUGGAUCCUUCAAAUUUGACUGCUCUGAUGUCUCUGGCUGUUAGUUACACCAAUGAAUCCAUGCCUAUGCAAGCUUGUGAUACUUUGGUGAAAUGGCUUCAUCAUAAUCCAAAAUAUUCUCAAAUAGUGAAGCCAGGGAUGAUUAAAGAAAAUAUAAGUACAUCUUCUGUACUUCCAGGUCUGAAAUUAAAAGAUACUCAAGCUAUGUAUAUUGAAGCUGCUAGAAUGAGUCCUAAUGAUCCAGAUCCUGAUGUACAAAAUGGCUUGGGAGUGCUUUUUAAUCUCUCAGGAGAAUAUGAUUUAGCUAUAGAUUGUUUUAAAGCGGCACUGGAAGUUAAACCUGACGAUAGCUUACUUUGGAAUAGAUUAGGUGCAACGUUGGCUAAUAGCAAUAGAUCAGGUGAAGCAUUCGAAGCCUAUUAUCGUGCCCUCGAAUUAUACCCAGGACUCAUUCGUUCCCGUUUUAAUUUGGGUGUGAGCUGUAUUAACCUCAAUGCAGUGAAAGAGGCUGUUGAACAUUUUUUAUUAGCACUCAACCUUCAAAAUGCAGGUCGUGGCCCCCAAGGUCUUCGUUCAAAGACUGCAAUGUCGAGUAGUAUCUGGUCUACCCUACGUACUGCUAUGUCACUUUUAAAACGACCAGAUUUAUAUGAAGCUGUGGAUAAGAAAGACCUCGAUUUGCUCAACAAAGAAUUCGGCAUGGAAGUUUAGCUAAAAUAUAUUAAAUCCAGCUAUUUAAAUAUAGUAAUACUCAUCAUAGACCCAUCAAGUUUUAUUUGAAUAACUUCUUGAAGAAAAAUUAUGUUUACAAACAUAUUCAAUAAUGUUACUAACUUACUUCCAUAGCUUCUCUCAAAAGACUUUCAGAUAAACAGUGUUCUUUGUCUUGUUCCUUCGAGUAAAAGUUUUCAACUAUGUAUCUCCUGUAAAAAAGAAAAAUUAAGAUACAGUAAUAAAUUUUCACUUUUUUUUUU